ACAGAGACAGAGACAGAGACAGAGAGAGAGAGACAGAGAGACAGAGACAGAGAGAGAGAGAGAGAGAGAGAGAAAGUAUGCAGGUAGAGAGACCAAGGCAUUAGGUGUCCUAUUACAGAUACUAGUUUGGUGUUGUUUUGUCAGCAGGGGCUGGGUCAUCCACAACAAGUCCAUGUGGAUCAGCAGCACGGAUACACACAGAAACACACCGGCAGUCAUUAAUACAGCAGCAGAUUUUUACCGCAGCCAGACAAGUUAGCCGGCCUGCAUGAUAGAUUAAGUUUCACUGCCUGUGAAUUGAGGGACAACGAAUAGGGUACGAGAAGGACGAGAGAGAGAAAGACAGGGAGAGAGAAGAACAGAGGGAGAGAAGGCACAAGGCGAAGGGGAAGGGAGAGACUGUUGAAGGGAGUUCUACUUUCUCCAGAGACUGAAGGACAGUGCAUCCUCUGUACCCUGUGAUCUGGGCCAGCUGAGAGGGGACUUCUGCACCAUGGAUACUGACACCAGCCUUGCUGAAGAAAGCAAUAUACCAUUAAAUCCUAGGCAACAAGUUGAAGUACGGCCUGGUAUGAAACGAAAGCCCAUGACGGCUCUGAACUCCCAGAAAGAGAAGUCCUCGUCGAGGAAUAGGGUCCUGAUCACUGUGUUGAUGGUACUGGUAGUGCUAGGGAUCCUGGCCACGGCUGGCUACUUCAUCGCGCAGCUGAUCAACAGUAAGUACUUCUUCUGCUCCCGGUCGGUGAAGUUCAUUCCCCUGGACAAAGCAUGUGAUGGGAUGGUGGACUGUUCAGGAGGAGAGGACGAGCUCACCUGUGUGGCCAGCAUGACAGUCAACACUACCUUCCCAGUGCGUCUGGUCUCUGAGCAGAGUGUUCUCCAGAUCUACAGUGCCGGGACAGGAUGGAGGAGUGUGUGUAGUGAGGACUGGACCCAGCAGCACACAGAGAAAGCCUGUCAACAGCUGGGCUACACCUAUAAACCCAACAGUAGUAGUAUCUCUGUGCAGAACUUGUCCGCGUCCCUGAAGACAGGACCGUUCUCAGGGGUCAGGGUCGCAGCUGAAACCACCCCCUUUUACCAGACUGUCAUUGACCGCCAAGUGUGUAACUCAGAAUCCGUGAUCUCCCUGACCUGCUCCGACUGUGGAGAGCGGGGGCGAUCGGACCGUGUCGUGGGGGGUGUGGAUGCGUCUAUAGAAGACUGGCCGUGGCAGGUGAGCCUUCAGCAGAACGGACAACACACCUGCGGAGGGUCACUGGUGUCGUCACGCUGGGUCGUCACAGCAGCACACUGCUUCUCUGGUAGUAAGAAGGAGCUGAGUCGCUGGCGGGUGGUGUCUGGGAGGACUUACAUGGGCACACUGGGAGGCUCAUUUGUAGACAGGAUCAUACUGAACGGAGACUACAAUGCAGCCAGCAACGACUACGACCUGGCCAUGAUGAGGCUGACCGAACCCAUCACUGUCGGAAACUCUCGUCGGCCCGUGUGUUUGCCCCCUAAGAACCUGGGCCUGAAGGCAGGAGACUCUAUGAUGGUGACGGGCUGGGGCUACCUCCAUGAGAAGGGUAAAGUGUCUCCUGUCCUCCAGAAGGCUAUCCUUCCCCUUAUAGACAGUGAUCAGUGCUCUAGUCCCACUGUCUACGGUGACUCAAUUACUCCCAGAAUGCUUUGCGCUGGUUACCUGGAGGGCAAAGUGGAUGCAUGUCAGGGAGACAGUGGUGGUCCUCUGGUGUACCUGUCAGAACAAUGGCAGCUGGUGGGGGUGGUGAGUUGGGGGAUCGGCUGUGCCAGAGAGGGUCAACCAGGGGUCUACUGCAACGUGGACGAAAUGCUCAACUGGAUCCACACUGUCAUGGAGAAAAACCCUUGAAGCCUCAAAACAUGACCAAAAGCCAAUGCUCUAUUGGGAUGGGCCACCUGAAUGGAUUUCAGUGGAUCUACAUGGAGCUCUGUUAUGGGAAUAGAAGAGGAAUCCUCUUCGAAGUGCAAUUUAAAACACCUACAAGAAUACAUAACACACACACACAACCACACACACACACACAAAUGCCAGCACACUCAGAUAGACACGAACACACACUACUUAUUUACUAUAACAGGUUGUUUACAGUGUGACAUGUGCCAUUUUAGGUGCCUCAGGGACCACUGACGUGGUAGUGUAACAAUGUCGCUGGAGACGACAGUCGGUCUAGGGCUGCGUCCGAAAUGGCACCCUAUUGCCUUUAUAGUGCACUACUCUUGAUCAGAGAACUAUGGUUCAAAGUAGUGCACUAUCAAGGGAAUAGGGGGCCGUUUGGGACGAAGCCUGGGUUUUCCACAUGGCUGAGUACUUUGAGACAGGACUCUCACCAAGUGCCUCUGCUGUCUUUUUGUCAAUGAGGUUGCGAGAAGGCCGCCAUACACCAACUGUACUUGACCACUUUUUUUAUAAAUGUAAAGUCGUCAUGUGACCACAUCUUCAUGUGAGUAUUGACAUGCAUUGCACAAUGUUCAACAUGUUCACCCAACUUUCAAUGGGUGAAAUGUCUUCAUGAAAAUAUAUUGGUGAUGAAGUUUUGUGUCAUGCAGUUGAAAAUCGCAUUUUUACCUCAUGUUAAAUGAUCCUCAAGUGCGGUGACGUGAAGCUUCCUUCAUAUUAUGUGUCGUUGGAGGGGCGUUAGCCGUACUGUACAUCCCGUCAUGGAUUCACUUUUACACUUUCAGGUGGUCAGACCUAUUCACUAUGUGCCGUCAGAUUUCCAUUGGGCAAUCGGAACAAUCCUUACUUGCACUACAUGUACACGGUUCUGAUUUAAUAGCGUGUAUUUAUUUUUAGACAUUGUGAACAUUUGAGUGUUUUCUUUAAAUAUUGUUUACGACGUAGAAAUGGUUGUCUGUGUAAGAUAGAAAUGUGUCUGUAUUUGUUGGUACAUUUGAUAAAGGGGAUGCCUGUGUUCAAUAAAUGAUCAGAUUUGGA